CUUCGAUACGUGUAACAAGAUGGCGACACACAUGAGCUCGAUGGCUGCGCUUACCGGUCUUCUGCUAUUCUCUUGCUUGGGUUUGGCAAUUGCAAGCGAAGAUUCAUGCCACUCUUAUGCAGGGGGACAAGUCUACCCACAAGAAACUCGACGCACUAUUGGCCAUACUAUUCAAUGGAGUCAAGCUGUCAUUUCAAAGCCUGCACCUGACUGGAAUGGAACUGCAGUGAUCAAGGGAGAAUUCAAGGACAUCAAGCUGUCUGACUACAAGGGAAAAUAUUUGGUCUUCUUCUUCUAUCCCCUUGACUUCACAUUUGUCUGUCCCACUGAAAUUAUCGCCUACAGUGACCGCAUGGCAGAGUUCAAAAAGAUUAACACUGAGGUCAUUGGAUGCUCUGUGGAUUCUCAGUUCACUCAUUUGGCCUGGACAAAUGUGCCAAGGAAUCAAGGUGGUCUUGGUAAAAUUGAUUUCCCCCUUCUGUCUGACAUCACACACGAAAUUUCCAAGGCUUAUGGUGUGUAUUUGGAAGAUCUGGGGCAUAGUCUGAGAGGACUCUUCAUCAUUGACCCCAAGGGAACUCUGCGACAGAUCACCAUGAAUGAUCUGCCUGUUGGGAGAUCAGUAGACGAGACCCUGAGAUUGGUCCAAGCCUUCCAGUACACGGACAAACAUGGCGAAGUGUGCCCUGCUGGCUGGAAGCCUGGCAGUGACACUAUUAUUCCAGAUCCAAAGAAAUCCCAAGAAUACUUCAACAAGCAGAAAAAUUCAGAGCUAUGAAUCUGAAAAAAAAGUUAUUUUGCUAUUAGAAACCACUUUUUAAAUUCUUUGAGCCUCUUGUCAGUUGACCAAAAAGAAAAUGACAUAAGUAAGGAUUUUAUUUCCUAUUUUAGGCUUCAUUUUACUCCUUUUUUCCCUUUCUUCCCCAUUGUUGCAAUUGCAUUUGAGGUUUUUAAAAAUUGUGUUAAAUACUUAAUGAAGUCUGUUUUAAAAGAUUCAAUUUUGUGUUUAGUUUGUCUCAUGCUAGCUUUCUGUUCUUUUAGGUCUUUUUUAUUCACGAUUUUGUUGUCUUGUGGUGUUGACUGAUGUCUCUUUAUUCAAUGCAUUUUGAAUGUGGAAAAUGUCAACGCCUUAAGUAAGGUAUUUUUUUCCUUUUUAUUUGAAUAAAUUUGAGGACAUCUGGGACAUCAACAGGUAAAGUUGUAUGCUGAGAUUUAACUAGACCUGUUUAGUUGCAAUGUGAAGACUGCAUGAAUGAAUGGGGUAUUUGUUACUGAUUUUCUCUUCUUUUAAAAUUGUAGAAGGACUUCAAUUUGCUUUCUUAAUUCGUAACAUUGGUGAUGGGUCAAUGUUUUCAUUUCUGGUUGUGUGACUUCUGCUUUGUUUCCUGUUUAGUCAAAACAACCAUUGUUAAUUGUCAGGGUUACUUGACUAUAUAAUAUAAUGUAUAAUCUUUCUAUUUUUUUAACAAGAGUUGUCUCGUGUGUUUGAAUGAUAAAGUACAUAAUAUUUUACUUCCCUUUAAGUAAGCCAUCAGGCCCGAGUACCGGCUUCAGAAUGCUCUGCAGUUUUUCCCCCUUUCACACUUGGAACUCGUGUCUCAAUAUGACAAAGUGUAAGCUGAGGAGUUCUCUUUCACAGCUCUGAUACAGGGUUCCUGAGUGCCUCAGAGGCAAAGAGCUCACAGGGUAAGCACCAUUGUGGGUGAUAAGAGUUGAGGUGCUGUAAUGUUUAUUUUUUCUGGGUAGAAGGGGAAAUUGCCCUGCUCUUCGUCGCAUAGAUGCCAAAUUUACUAAUUAUGUGUGUAAUUAUUAUAAUCUUCUUUAAAGGGGCUGAUGGAUUUUUUUUUGCACGAUUCUUGUUUGUAGUACACACUCUUAAAAUAUGUUCUUCUUCAUUCAUUUUAUUUAUUGACUCUUCAAUUUAUGCACCCCAAAAUACUGACUUACAUGAGGUGAAUCUACGGAUGUUUUGUGUAAAUCUGGUGUAAAUGGAUCACAGAGAUGAAAAUGAUACAACUCAUUUCUUUACUGUUGUUGGUAUUUUGUGAAUGAUGAAGUACAAGGUUUAUGAAGAAUCUGUGAAGACCAAACAGCUGACAAUAUGUAUCUGAACUUCAAAUUGAUUGGUAGAACUGGAAUUUACAGAGCAUUUCAAGGUCAGUGUCUCAAGGGGUGGCAAAUAUCAAUCCAUUAUUUUAUGGCCAUUUUCCCCCUUAUUCAUGUUCUUAGUUGAAUGAGAUCAAAACUUGUGCUACUGAUUACUGUGAGAUUCUAACUUAUGUUACGAAAGAGGGCAUUGCAAGGGUGCCAUUUUGCUCCUAGGGGUAGUUGGGGUCUGUAUGUUGCUGUAGAGGGAGAGAUACAGGAACUGUAAGAUAAGAUGUAUGUUGUCUCGGAUUUAUUGUGUCCCCUUUUAUUAUAUGCCAUUGUUAUGCCUAUUAAAUUAAAGUGUUCAAAUAUGAAACCUU